UGCAGCAUGAGUUUGAACCGUUCAGUGCUCAGUGACGACGAGUCAUUCAGAACUAUUUUUUGUAAUAAAGAUCAUUUGUUUCUGAACAAUAAAGCGCAUUCUAAAUACUUUUUGUUUGAUUGCGAUGAAGAAGAUGAGCCAGCUAUUUGUGCCUUGGAUGAAGCUGACAUGAUCCCAACAAAACGUCACCUAAAACCACGCCAAGGCCACUUUAGUGUCAUGGAAUUUAUCAAUAAAAUGAAACGACAGGUCUCCCCCAACCGUCGGUUAUCUCAACCCAAUUUGAACCAAUUCAUGUUCCAUUGGAAUAUGCCACCACGUACAAGUCUGGAUAUUCAGCCUAUGGCUCCUGUUCACGAAACGCAUCAUACAGAGAAAUUCUCGAGAGCACUGCAUACACCCUCUCGCUUCUUACCUCAGAACCAAGCUGUGAUUACAACCAAGGUAGAUGGUACAAUUUUGUUAUUUAAUGAUAUUGCUUCACUAUGUUUCAACAUGGAUAAAUCAUAUAUUGGGCAAUCGAUACUUACGACUGUACUUGAAGAUCCGUUUCGAAAACAGAUCAGAUCCAUUCUAAACCGUAGAAAAAAGCAAGUUGGUCAAAGUGGGCAUGUUCUUGUAUGCGGAACAAUUAUAUCCAUUGUCAGAGUCAAUGGGACAAAGUCAAUAGCAUCGCUUUGGCUUAAAGAAAAAAUUGCAGAUCAUAGUGAGCGAAUUUAUCUAUGGAUUUUUGAAGAAAUUUAUGAAACAUCCUUGUCUGUUUAUGUUGAUUCAGAGUGUAUUAUACGUAGAGUAUUAGGUACUAUGCUUGAUGUAUAUGGCUAUAAACCAAAUGAUAUGAUUGGCAAACCAGUCAAUUGCCUUAUUCCAGCUCUUUCUAAAGAACAGCGGGAUGAUAAUCUGGAAAAGAUAGAUAAAUUCAAGUUUUUUGGCAGUCAAACGAGCCAAGGUGCCAUGUUUCCUGUUAUUCUCAACCUGAAUCGCCAUGUUGCUAUGGAUAAUGAUGAUCUUGCUAGUUUUGUUAUUAAAAUCACAUCACUGCCUUCUAUCACUGGUUUUGUCAAAGUAGAGCGCACGACGGGUCUGGUCAAAGACGUAAGUGCUGUGCCUGCUAAAUACUUGUUUGGUCAAUCAGUCAAAUCCAUCCUUGACCAACACAUGCACGUCCAAGAUUUGAUCCCUUGUAUGUCUAUCAUUCUAUCAUGCAUGGGUCAACAACAAACAAUGACAAACACACAGUGCAAGCACGUACUCAGACAUACGGCUGACAUUAUUUAUGUUGUUCAUUGUGAUAAAAGUCAAUUUGAAGUUGAAUUAGAACUCAAGGCGCUAGAUGAUGACUUGAUUGAUAUCUGGAUAACGUAUGAUCGUAUUCAUGCCAUGUCUAAAUAUGAAAAGAGAACACAAGAACACAGUAAGAAGAGACCGGCUAUCAUGCGGUCAUUGCGGAUCAGUUCCUUUGGCGCUGUUGAAGAGCACAAAAAAUUAUUUCCUACAUUGGACAUGUUCCCCCCAAGCCCGUCGUCAAGUCAGGCUGAUCUUGUGCCGAAAGGACAUCCCUUAGACGAAUACGAGAUGCUUGAUCUCUUGGGACAAGGUACCUACGGCAUGGCUAAAUCAGCUUAUCGUAAAGACGAUCCUUUCAAGAAAAAACUAGUUAUUAAAUAUAUUAUUAAAUCUCGGAUCCUCAUUGAUUCAUGGAUAAGAGAUCGUCAAUUAGGCUCUAUUCCAAUGGAAAUUCAUAUUUUACGUACACUUCAAAGACACCCACACAUGAAUUGCUGUCGGCUACUGACACAUAUGGAAGAUGAAGACUAUUAUUUUAUUGCAAUGGAACUCUUGGGUAAUGGAAAAGACUUGUUCGACUACAUAGAAAAGAACAAAGAUAUGACUGAAAAAGAAAUCAAGUACAUCUUUUAUCAAGUGGCAUGUGCAGUUAAGCAUCUGCACCAACAUCGUAUUGUUCACCGAGACAUCAAGGACGAAAAUAUCAUUCUAGACAAUCAAGGAAGAGUGAGUCUGAUUGAUUUUGGAUGUGCAACCUAUUACAGAAGAGGCCGUAAAUUCGAUACAUUUGCGGGUACAUUAGAAUAUUGUGCUCCUGAAAUACUCAAGGGCCAGCCCUAUGAUGGUCCGCCACAAGAUAUUUGGGCAGCUGGUAUCUUGCUAUUCACAUUGAUCUACAGGGAAAAUCCCUUUAAUAAUAUAGACAAAAUCAUAGAGGGAGAAUUAAGAGUGCCUUAUAUUCUAUCUGAAGAAUCGUUUGAUCUGAUCAAGAAAAUGCUGGAGCGUGACGUGGAUAAACGAUUUACGAUUGAACAAGUUUUAGAGCACCCUUGGUUUCAUCCAUAAAUUUGAUUACUUGAGCAAUUCAUCAUAUUUUCUGCUUUUUGAUCAGUAGAAUAAAGAUCGACGGAAAAUAGUUUAGAGUUUGAAGACGACCCAGAGAUUGUUAAAGUUACUCAAUUGUCAUGCCUUUGCAAUAACAGCAACUCUUAUUUUUUUUUGUUUAGGAUAGUAAAGGGUCUUGAAACUGCUUUUGCUUUAUCCAAAAAUGAAUCGCAUAUUUAUUUAGGUUAUUUAUCUUUUUUACAAUCGUCUAAUUCAAGUGUAACAAAAAAAAGAAUCACACGGAAAACUUUAGCAUGAGCUGGGAUGCGUGUGUAGUACCGACCGCAUUUGCGGGGAAUACAAGAAGCAAAUGCCUCUACUGCUUCGAGACAAUCAGGUUGUGGGA